AUGACAAGACUCUGGGGGUCCUGCCUGUUCCUGCUCACCCUUUUGGUGGCCCUGGUCGCCAGCACAAACUCAGGCAGGGAUAAUAAGGUCCCGGUGCUAAGGGAAUUAAAACUUAUCAGUGCCUCGAAUUCCAAUGUGAAGCAGUGUCUGUGGCAUGCCAUGCAAGAGUACAAUAAACAGAGUGAAGACAAAUACAUCUUCAAGGCGGUCAAGAUAGUGCAAGUCCAGCUGCAGGUCACAGACCGUUUGGAAUACUUUAUGGUUGUCAAAAUUGCCCGCAGCGAUUGCAGAAAACUUGCAAAAAAUUCUGAAAACUGUGUCGUUCAAGGAAACAGCAAACUGAAAAAGGAGAUAACAUGCAACUUUAUAGUUGGAGCGCUGCCCUGGAACGGCGAAUUCACCGUGAUGAAGAUGCAGUGUGCAGAUACCUAG